GCUGCACACUCUUAAAGCGCUUCCGGUGACUGGGCUUGAGCGGAAAGGAAGUGGGGGCCCUGGUGCGGCGGCGGCGGCGGCUCUAUGCGGAUCACCAGCAGGCUCCUAUCAGGAUAUAAGUACUUUAACUACAAGGCACAAUGGAUGGCGAAGAGAAAACCUACGGUGGCUGUGAAGGGCCAGAUGCCAUGUAUGUGAAGCUGAUUUCCUCUGAUGGUCAUGAGUUUAUAGUGAAGAGGGAGCAUGCCUUGACUUCUGGCACAAUCAAAGCUAUGCUGAGUGGCCCUGGACAAUUUGCGGAAAAUGAAACCAACGAAGUCAAUUUUAGAGAGAUCCCCUCUCAUGUCCUCUCCAAAGUGUGCAUGUACUUCACCUACAAAGUUCGCUACACCAACAGUUCAACGGAAAUCCCAGAAUUCCCCAUUGCCCCGGAGAUAGCACUGGAGCUCCUUAUGGCUGCGAACUUCUUAGAUUGUUAGAGAAGUUAUGGAGUUGCAUUAGGAGGCUUUGGGUUUUAGGAUCCAUUUGUGUUUCAAGUUACAUUUUUAGUGUUUGAAUUUUUGCCAUAAAAAAAAGAGAUGUUAGUGGUGUGUGCUGUGUAUGAUUCGAAGGCUUCUGCUUUUCUUCUAUAGAAUGCUGUAUUUCACUGCAGUAUUUUUUUUUUGUCAUGGACAAGAUUAUAAUUUUUGAUAUAAUAAACUAAUGUGAUUGCA